AUGGCGGCGCAGGCCGGAGCGGGGCAGCUGCAGUUGCUGGCGGCCAUCGGCUACAACGGACACAUACCCUGUGGCCUCAUCUGCCACCCUGAUAAGAGGCAUGUGCUCUAUCCCUUGGGCUGCACUGUGGUCAUUCAAGAGCUGGACAGUAAGAAGCAGACCUUCCUGCAUGGCCACACCAAUAAUGUCUCCUGCGUUGUCGUGUCCAGGAAUGGGACCUAUGUUGCUUCUGGACAAGUCACUUUCUUGGGCUUCAAGGCAGACAUCAUCCUGUGGGAUUUCCAGAGGAAGGAGCUGCUUGCUCGGCUCUCACUUCACAAGGGUAAGGUGCAAGGAUUGGCCUUUUCCCCAAACAGCCUGUACCUGGUGUCGUUGGGAGGCCUGGAUGAUGGCAGUGUGGUGGUGUGGAACGUUGAGAAACGCGAAGCCAUCUGCGGGAGCCCGGCCUCAGCUCGCCGUGCCGGCAAUGCCACUGUCCUGCUGUGCUCCAGCUCCAGAGAUGACAUCUUUGUCACUGCUGGAAAUGGGACCAUCCGAGCGUGGGAGCUGGAUGUAGCAAACAGGAAAAUCUACCCAAGUGAAUGCCAGACAGGGCAACUGAAAAGGGUCAUCACCUGCAUCAAGAUGGCAGAUGAUGACAAUUAUUUUUAUGUUGGCACAUCAAGUGGUGAUGUUCUGCAAGUGACUACAAGGAACAAGCUGAUGACUAACUAUGGGCCCCAGAAGGAGAAGUUUAGCUUGGGAGUCACAGCUUUGCUUUUGCUGAAGACAGGAGAUUUAGUGGUCGGCACCGGAGGAGGGAUUGUAGCUCUCUGUAAAGGCUCAAACUACAAAGUGAUGAAGAAACUCCAGGUGGAAGGUGCUGUCACUUCGCUGACAUGCAGAGGUGAGGGUCCCCAGCUCUUUGCAGGGACAGAUGCUUGCCAGAUCUACAGCAUCGACUGUGCUGCAUUCAGAGAGGAGCUGAUCACUGCCUGCCAUAACGAAGCUGUCCACGACGUCGUCUUCCCCCUGGGAACUUCUGACCUGUUUGCUACCUGCUCCAAAAAUGAUAUUCGGGUGUGGCACACCCCAGAAAAGAGGGAGCUGCUGCGGAUCGUCGUCCCCAAUGUGAGCUGCUGUGCCAUAGACUUCAUGAGGGAUGGCAAGAGCAUCAUUUCAGCUUGGGAUGAUGGCAGGAUCCGUGCCUUCCUACCCGAAACUGGCAGGCUGCAGUACCAGAUUGAGCAUGCCCACAGCCUGGGGGUCACAGCCAUCGCUGCCACCAGUGACGGCAAACGCAUCAUCAGCGGAGGAGGCGAAGGGCAGGUGAGGCUGUGGGAGAUUGGUGAGAGGACUCACAAGCUUGAGGAGAUCCUCAAGGAGCAUGUGUCUGCUGUGUCCUGCAUUAAGAUUAAGAAGAAUGACCAGGAGUGUGUCACAGCCAGUCUUGAUGGGACCUGCAUCAUCUGGGACAUUGUGCGUUUUGUAAGGAAACAACUGAUUCUAGCCAACACUUUGUUCAAAUGUGUGUGUUACCACCCAGAAGAGUACCAGAUAAUCACUGGUGGAACUGACAGACAGAUUGGCUACUGGGAGGUGUUUGAUGGCUCUGCAAUCAGAGAAGUGGAAGGAUCUGCCUCAGGUUCUAUCAAUGGGAUGGACAUCACUUCUGAUGGAGCUUACUUUGUCACAGGUGGCGACGACCAUCUGGUGAAGCUGUGGGACUACAAGGAGGGGGCCGUGACUCACGUUGGGGUGGGCCACAGUGGCAACAUCACCCGCCUGAAGAUCUGUCCUGGCAACAAGUACAUUGUCCCUCCAGCUGGAUCCCGUCCCCUCAGGCAUGUCAGCUGCACCAUUCAGCUUGGUGUCACCACUUAGGAUGCACUGAAUCCAGAUAUCUCUGUCAUUGAAGAUACUAAGCAGGACUGGUCCCAGUAUGGAGCCCUGAGGGAUACUACUUGUCACUGAUCUCCACCUGGCCACCAAGCUCUU